GGAUGUAUGAAUAACCAUAUAUACGGAUGCGCAUUUUUGUUCUAACAAGACAUCUAUAAGGCGUAAGAGGAUCGAUUCAAUCAGCAGUUUGUUUUUCUACACAAAAACUUUAAUUCACAUUUCAAUAUUUUCCCGAUUUUGUGAAAUAUUUUGGACAUAACGCUCAAAGCGAUAAAAUGUUGGUGAUAGAAUAAACCUCAAAUUACUUUAGUGUGCUGAACUAGAUUUGUGAUAGAAGUUUCGUUUUCGAUGACUAAAGUUGAUGUAUGCAAAUGGUCAACAAUAAGUUUCAACCGAUUUUUGUCCCAUGAAAACAAUGUUAGAGAUAACAUACAUGAUUACCGAUUUGGCUCCCAAAGUUCUGUUUCGAAGAAUGCAGACUCAUCAAAAAGUAGCAGAUCCUCUGAGUCCAUAAAUAAAUCCAUGCUUGAAUGUAAUACAGAAGAAUCUAACUCAAAAAGGAGUCCCAAUAAUAACCAAAAAGUGGUUUCAUCGUCUUUAGUUUCUGGCAAUAAAAUUGCCAAAUCAGUAUUUAUAUUAAAAGAUACAAGAAGUCAUCAGUCAAAUAAAAGGGCAACUUUGGAACGAAAUGAAAUUUCAGACAUUACGACACAUGAAGAUUUGAUAAAAGCCAAAUCCACGGAAGAAUUAAGAAGAAACAUUUCGGUCAAAAAUGAGAUAAAAAUUACCAAUAAAACUAAAAAUGAAUACAGCAUUGCAGAUUCCAACGACACUUUUUGUCAAUUGAAUCAAAAGAAAAAUUAUAAAAUGGUUAGUAAACUGUCGUUCCCAGAAACAAGAAAUACAGAACAUGAAAUGCACAUAAGUACUGAUAACACUGAGUCUAAACCCACCAAUCAUAGUGAUAAGAAUUCUUCAAUAUUACAUAAAACUAGUAAUAAUUUUCAUCAGUUUACAAAUAGUAAUGGUGAAAAAACGAAAAGUAAUAAAUCUACUAAACGGAAAAGUUAUUUGAAACAAAACGCAACUCUCUUACCAAAUGUAUUGAGAGCAGUUGACUUUAUACUGCCUACUGACGAAUCAAUCAUUCAUCCUAAUAAGUUACCACAUACAGGAAGAGGAGUGAAAACUUUAUCAGCUUCAUGGAAGCCAACAAUGUUAUCUAAUGAAGAAAAAGGAAAACGACCAAUUAAUCGAAAACAACGAAGAGAUUCCAUGUAUGAAAAAGGAUAUGGUAAACUUUCAUCUUACAAAAUAUACGAAAAGUUGGGUGAAGGAACAUAUGCAACUGUUUAUAAGGGUUAUAGCUUAGUCUCUAAACAAUUAGUGGCUUUGAAACGAAUACGUAUGAAAAAAUCGGAAGGUGCACCGUGUACAGCUAUACGUGAAAUUAGUCUUCUUCGUGGAUUGAACCAUGCAAAUAUUGUGAAACUGCACGAUGUUAUUUAUGAGGCCGGUUCAUUGACAUUGGUAUUUGAAUAUGGGGGAAGUGAUCUCAAAAGCUACAUGAGAAUGCACAAUAAUCGUUUACCUAUGAAUAUCGUCAGAUUGUUCACUUUUCAAAUAUUUCGAGGUCUUGAAUACUGUCAUGCAAGACAAAUAUUACACCGGGAUUUAAAACCUCAAAAUUUAUUAAUAAGCAAAACUGGAGAUUUGAAAUUGGCUGAUUUUGGAUUGGCACGUUCACAGUCUGUACCGAUUAGAACAUAUUCCAGUGAAGUUGUAACACUCUGGUACCGACCACCAGAUGUACUAUUAGGUGAUAAAAACUACUCCGGUCAUAUUGAUAUCUGGGGAGCUGGUUGUAUUCUGUAUGAAAUGGCAACAGGUUAUAGUCUUUUUCCGGGUACUUCAAAAGAAGAUCAAAUUAAAAUUAUUUUCAGAAAAUUCGGAAUUCCACCAGAAUCCUACUGGCCUAAUUUGAGGACGAAUCCUAAAUUUUUAGAAUAUUUAAAUUCAAAUCAACAUAAUGAAAGGUGUGAAUCAAAUAAGCCGAAUUAUUCACAGUCUUCUACAAAUCUGAAUUUAAUUGGCAGUAAAAAAUCCUCAUUUCAAAUAAAUAAACAGUUAUAUGAUGAAAAUUUCGAUUCUAUUGAUAAAUAUAAUGAAAAUAUUAAAAAUACACUGUCAUGUAGUGCAUCAAGAUUGAAUUUAGAUGGUCAACAAUUAUUAUUUGAAUGUCUUGCAUUGGUUGGAAAUCGUCGAAUUACAGCUAAUGAUGCACUGAAGCAUAUUUAUUUCAAAUGCAUUUUACCACCUGGUAUUAAUGUACAUGAUUUAUUACCAGAACAAUCAAUCACAUUACUUGCUAUUAAACAAAAUUCAGUUAAUUCUUUGCAGCAAUCUCGAAUUCAUACCACUAAUACUGAUACUACUAGUAAGAAAAAUGGUAAAAAACAUAGGAAUAAAACUAAUUAUUCAACACAUCUAACUAAUUCAAUAUCUUAUGGUAAUAAACUGUAUAGUAAUGAACAGUUAUCAAAAAGUUUAACUAACUUAUCAACAGUUCGUUCGUAUCCUUCAAAUGAUUCAAAUUCAUGCAAUACACCCACAAUCCUACCAAAUUUUAACAAUAAAUUAACAACAAAAAAACACAAAUCGGAAAACGAGCAUCAAAUACAAGCAUUUAAACUGGGUAAAACUAAAACCUCAACACAAUUACUUUAUAAUGAAAGAAAUACCAUCUCUAUUAAUACUACCACACAUCAUCAACAUGAACAUAAUUCUAAGUCUGAUGACAAUGAUAGUAAUAAUUCCAUUCAAAAUGACCAAAGCUCCGAUAUUGACACGUCACUGAGUUCAAACAGUCAACACUUUAUUCCAUAUGAAAAAGUAUGUAGUCAGCAAUAUCAACCAGAACAAGUUUCAUUUUCGUCGUUAAAAAAACCAAGUAAAUUAAAUGAGAAAAUGAAAGAACCUGUUAGAAAAUAUAUGACGAUUUCUUCAGGAGAUAUGCAUAAAAUACUUUAUAAUCAAAAUAUUAUUGGUAAUAAUGUCGGUUAUAGUGAUAAUAAUCAUAAUAAUACUGAUAUCAAGAAUAAAUCCAUAGGUAAUACCUCAACAACUAAUCAUCUUACAUCAUUUGUCAAACGUAAAUUAUAUUCAUUACAAACAAAAGCUAAAGCAUCUCGAAAUCGUCUGAGAUCUUUGUCAAUUGAUCAACUUAAAAUCUUAAGUUUAUCAUCACCAUCUUCAAAUUCUUCGAAAGAAAUGGAGUUGAUUCAUGCAAAUGAUUUUGGUGACGAUAAUAAUAGUAAUAAACUAAAUAAUAGCGACACAUUUGUAAAUUCACGUAGUGUUCUUAAGAACAAAAUUAAUGAUGGAAGAUUUGGUCAAAAGACAGAUCAAAAUAAACUUUCAAUUGACAAAAUUACAAAUAAAAAUCAUCGUGAUUUAACAAAAUCUAUACAAAUCAUUAAUAAAUCAUCAAAUAUCAAAACAAUUAUAACAAAUUAUUCAAUUCAUUCAAAUAAUUCAAUGAAUCGUUUAAAUUAUAAUAAAAAUUCUCAAUUAUUAUCAUCUGCAUUUAUAAGAAUAAAUCGUCCAAAUAGUUUUCAUUUAAAGAAUAUACAACAAAAUUAUUGUUUUCAAUCAAAUAAUUCAUUAGUUCAUUUAAAUUCUCAUCGUAAAAGUUGGAAUAGUUCUGGAUCAUCAAAUUUAGAUACUCCAUUUGAUGAACAAAGUGUAUUCAAAUAGAACAUGAACAUUACUAAGAUACUCCAUAAAAACUCACUUAUAAUCCAUCGAAACAGUGAAUGAAACUCAUCAUAACAACUAGAAUGAAUAACUCUUAUUCAUAUUUUCAAAGAAAAGAAAAUGUUCUCAAUAAAAUUUCUAAAGAAUAAAGAUUAAAAUAAAAGUAUUUUAACAUUUUCCUAUAUGAAUAUUAUCAUUGUAAAAAGUUUAUUAUGAUUUUAAUACGCCUUGUCAACUAUAGUUUAUUUUCUGGCUUUUAUUUUCGUUUUGUAUUUCCUUUCAUUUAGUGAAAUGAGUAAAAAGCUUGAUGUCAUUAUUAUUAUUAUUAUUAUCCCUCAACCAUUACGUUACUUUAAUAAUACAACCCAUCAUAUGUCCCUUUUUUCUCUUAUUCGUAUUGUACUGAGAUAUAUAUAUAUAUAUAUGAUAGAAAUAUUUCAAUAUUUUUUCUGCAAAAUGAAAAAAACAAACAAACAGACAAAAUGAACAAAAGAAUUCAUUAAUUUAUUUUUUAAAUUCUAUGAUUAGAAAAAUCUUUCACAGAUCAGAAAAGAUCAUAAAAUUUUUUGUUGUGAGAUUCAAUUCACUUUUUGUUUGAAUUCAAUGACACAUAUUUUGUUUUUAUUCUUUCAUCCACCGGUUCCAAUAUUUACUGAAUCUUAUUGUUACUUACUUAUCUUAUAAAUUAUAAUAUGAUAUCAAUAUAUACAAAUAAGUUAAUUUGUUCUAAUCUUCUAUUUAUUAUUAAAUCUUGAUUACUUAUUUAUUAACUUUGUGUUUGUCUGCUUGCAUUUUUUUAACAAUUACAUCAUUAAACAUUAUUCUAGGCGUCAGUCUUAGUGCACCAUUACAGAUUAUAUUCUUUGUAAUAAGGAAUAAAAUCAAAAUAAAAAGGAUGGAGAUUAUAAAAUGUUAAAUCAUAAAUCUGAAGAACAAUAAAUCAAACUAUAUGAAAAUGUGAUACUUAAGUAAUGCAAUUUUUUUUUCUUUCUAAAUAACUAAUUUACUCGCUCUUUCUCUUCACAUCUUACAAACAAUUAAAAUAAACAGAUUUUCUGUUUGAAUAUUCUUUAGUAUUUUCGAACAUUUGUCAAAGCAAAUAUUUUUUUUCCUUCAUUGUAGCUAUAUACAAAUACGUAUUCUAUAAUUGUUUGCUUAAUAACUGUAAAUUUCUCUUUAUGUAUCAAACGAAAGACUUAUGACUAACACUUAACUUUGUAUGUAAUACAUUCAAAUAUUACAUCACUAUUAUUACGUCAGUUUACAUGACCUUUACAGAUUGAUUUUACUAACCAUUUUAUAUCUGUUGCAAAAUAGUGAACUUUAAAACCAAGGAUUUAAAAGCUGGGAAGAAGGUUAACCGAUGGCACUUUCGUGUUAUCAAUACUUUAAUAACACUACGUGGGGCAUAAAAAUCGUCAGAAAAUAAAUUCAAAUUUAACACCUCGAAUAUAGUAUUUCCGUUAUGAAAUGUAAAUGUUCUGCUUGCAGUUAGAUAAACGUUAAUCACUAUGCGCUGUUUUCUUGUUAGAAACUAAAGGAUAUUUGCUGAUUGAGUUAACUAUGGAAUAAAAUUUUUCGUCAUCUCAUAGUGGUAAUAUCUUUGUUUUCAUGUGGUAUUUCUCAUUCAUGCUUUAAUAUAUUUCAUCUCAUUUCACAUUAAUCAACCUGACUUUUCUGUUUAUCAGUUGUAAAUAGAAGAAACACUUCCACGUGUUUUAAAUAAUAAUUAAGUAUGAUAAAAUUCUAUGAUGUAUGCACAUAAAUAUCAAGUUGUGUAUUCCAAAAGUUACUUACUACAUACACAUGGAGUGUUUUUAUUCACAUGCCAUACAUAUAUAUCAGCUGAUUUAUCAAGCAGUUAUUUAUGAACACAUUUUAUACAGUACGUAGAAAAACACAAAACCAUCUACUUCAUUUUAUCGACGUCUUAUCAUUUGUAUUCACUUUGAAUCUAAUUACGUACAUAAGCAUCAUACAAAAGAGACUAACAGAGGUUACACAUCAAAUCUUAAAUUAUUUGGUUUAUAUUUUGUAAACAAACAAACACAUGACAUAGUAAAGAUAAUGGAACCAAUGCUCCAUAAUCAAACUUAUUGAUAAGAACUAAAUACUUACAUAAAACCAUUUAAUAUGACCAAAGAUUAUUAAGUAGCCAUUUGAAAAGUAACUGAAAUCAUAAUGAUAGAAAAUGCAGACGAACAAUAUCGAUUAUAAUAAUAAUGUUGAUGCAAUGAUUCAACAAAGUACUAGUACUACUACAUGUUAUUACUGAGUGCAUAACUGUUCACGGAUUACUUGUUACAGUGGAACAAAGAUUGAUAUUAGUAGAUUCAAGAAAGACAAAUAAGGCUGGUGAAGAAGAUAUAUUUGUGCAUCAACUGUAAAGAUUCACAACUAAUCAAAACGACAUCAAAAGUUACGGUGAAAUGUAUAUCAUCUAAUUGUUUGAUCAACAGUGAAAUUUGAAUACAUUGAAAUGGAAGUAAUUGGCAUUUAAUUAAUCAAUAAUUCAAUGUCUGUAUAUAAUUUGCAAUAUCAAUAAACUAACUGUUUUCUCUAUUUGUUUCCUGUUAAUAAACCAACUUAAAAUUAAUACAAAGUCUUCAUAAAUAUUAUUAACAUCCUCAAACCAUUCUAGCAAAUAGAAACAGUAAUUCGACACUGAAACUCAAUGAUGUACAAAGAAAUUGAAAAAGGGUAAUAAAUACCGUUUAAUUGUUUUUCAAAUCGAUAUACACUUGGAGAGUUCCACUGAUUCGAUUAUAGAAGUAAUGUUAAUUUUGAAGCUAAAUCAAUGUGGUAACAUUAUAAUAUCUAUCCAUCAUAUUACGUAAAGAAAUAUCACAUGGGUGAAAGAAAGAAACGGUUAAAACAUAUCAUAAAAAAUCUAGUUUCGUAACGAAUGUAAACGUGAAUAUAUUUAAUAAGAGUCAUGGAAAUAGUUGAUUUUUUUCGGCUCCUGAUUUGAAUUUGAUUUUUAAUUUUGUUUUAUAGUGGUCACUGUGAUAGGCUUCUUAAUAUCUUAUAUAGAUAUUAUCA